ACUAUCUUUGGUAAAGCUAGUCAAUACCAGAGUCUCAUCAUCUUGAUCGAUACCUGCCAAGACCUAGACUAGUAGUUGUGCCGAAACUUCCGGUACCUGGCUGCAGUCGGAUAGCCUUAGAGUCCAGAGGCCUAGCCUUUGCAAAGGAGAGCUUAGGCCUAUAUCAUCAUUUGCUCGUUCCUUAUUUUUUUUUUCCUCACAUAUUGGUCCAUUUUUUUGGGUCAAGAUUCAAGUAAAGACACCACAAUCGUAACGAGAGAGACCCCGUUGGCCGUUGUUCUUCUUUCUAGUGGGUUCACAAUCUCAUGUCAAGAUGAAAAUGGCGAAUGAAGCGAAUCCCAUCAUUCGCAGGAACAGACCAGGGACGAAAACGAAGGAUUGGUGCAACUGGGAAGAUGAGUCCUUUGAUGAGAUGGAUAGUACACUAGCUGUUCAGCAAUUCAUUCAACAAGCAAUCAGGAAAGAUUUCACGAACGUCGAACAAAUUUUGAAUCCUCCGGAGGGCCAGGACGAAGGAGUUUGGAAAUAUGAACAUUUGAGGCAGUUUUGUUUAGAACUGAAUGGUAUUGCUGUCAAGCUGCAGGCUGAAUGUAACCCUGAAACUUGUACACAGAUGACAGCUACAGAACAGUGGAUAUUUCUUUGUGCUGCACAUAAGACCCCGAAAGAAUGUCCUGCUAUUGACUACACAAGGCACACACUGGAUGGAGCAGCCUGUCUAUUAAACAGCAACAAGUAUUUUCCUAGCAGAGUAAGCAUAAAAGAUUCUUCAGUAGCAAAGUUGGGAUCAGUUUGUCGAAGGGUGUACAGAAUAUUCUCCCAUGCUUAUUUCCACCACAGAACGCUUUUUGAUGAAUAUGAGAAUGAGACGUACCUGUGUCGAAGAUUUACAAAAUUUGUAAUCAAGUACAAUCUCAUGUCCAAGGAUAAUCUCAUUGUACCCAUCUUGGAGGAUCAACAAACUAUAGAGGGAGAGAGUGAAGCGUAGUUCAUCUUAUGUAUAGUCGGUCUAUCCAUUAGUCUAUAUAACAGUAUGCUCCAACUUAUGAAUGUCUAUUCUAUGCUCUAAUAAAAAUACUUUAUGGAUUUGUGGGGAAAGAAAGAGUGUUUUUAUCCAUCUGCUUCACCGUUUCUUACUCUUUCAUAUCACAAAAUUCACACAUGUACUCCUUAUACUGUUGCCCAUUGAAGUUAACAAAUCAGUGGUUUGAUGGUCUCAUUAAAAGCCAAUAAAAUCUGCCUGUAGCAGUGGUGUAUUUUGUGUAUAAAGGUGUAUAAUACAGAUGAAUGAAUGCUGUAACGAGUUAUUCAAACUAGUCUUCUCAUGAAUACUGAUGGGCAGGUUGUUGACAUUGCCAAAAGGGAUAUACAAAGACACCUUUUCUGGCUGAAAAUUUGUUUGCAUAUCUCAUUUGUUAUGGGUUUAUUUCUCUGACAUGAAGAAUGUUGGUAUUAAAAAAUAGUGGCUUUGGUAAAAUAUUUUGAGAGACAUUCUCGUGGGCCAACUUACUUUUUGUUCUUUUUUGAUAAGGCAGUGUGAAUAACUAUCUAGAUUUAAGCCCUAAUCCCCAGUACACUUAAAAUUGUUCUAGGCUUCUGAAUUUGUCUGCUAUGCAUUGGAGUAAAAAAGGAACUAAUUAACCCCACUUUCGUGAUUCAGAUGACCAAGGGUUUGUUAUGAUGAAGCUUGCAGGCCAGUGUCUUGAUUGACUAAUUUCUUUCCUUUUGGACAUUUUGUGUGAAGAAAUCCCUUAAAAAAAAAAAAUGAAGCUUAAGGCUGUGAAGUCUAUCACAGAUUUGCGAUAUUGAAUUGGGGCCACUUAGAAUCAGGAUUCUUGCAAUAUCAUGUUAUUUUUGUGUGGAACUUUUCUAUUUUAAAAAUCCAUUAUUCUUGAAAAUGUACUCUUCAGUCAAUUUGCAGGGUUGAGGGGGGUAUUAUUCACCAGCUCAACUGGUAUUUGCAGUAACAUUUCAGUAAAGUAACAUUUUCUCAAACUGACACUAGUGACAGUAGAAUUUUAAUUUUUAAAGAUAAAUUUGACAAGAACCACAAAAUUCAAUAGCUUUGUACUAAGUAGUAUUUUACAAUAGGAUAGACACAAAGCAUUUCCAGUACGGGUAGCUCAAUACUUUAUAUCCCCAUGGCAACCUAUGGUUACACCACCCCAUUCAACAAGUGACAUCUUUUUUUUCUUGUCCAAUAACUAUAUACAGUGAUGUCUGCUUAAAUUGAAAUCUGCAGGGCCGCCAGAUUUUCUUUGGUUUAGCCAUGUUUUCGGUUUAGAGAGAUUGCUCAAACUGCAGAGAAAAUAGCCGGGAUUCUAUUUUUCUUUUGGUUUACUGCUGUUUUUGGAUUAACUUUUCUGUUUAACCUGACUCCACUGCAACUUGACAUCCUUUAUCAGACUUCUUCAUCGGGGAAUUCUGGGUUAGUGUCAAUCUUUAAUCUUUCCAAGAGGAUGAAUUAGUGCAUUGAUGUACUACAUUUUUGCAUUUCUCACUUUAAAACUGGUCAGUACUAAAAGGACUUGGUCUUGAUUUUUUCAUCAAGAUAAGUGAUUGAAAAUGUUGACCAUUUCAUAUUUGAGAAUUUGUAUGCCUGCAGACACAAUGAACAGCAUAGGUAUGUUCCUGUCGGUGUAUGUGCUUGGCAUGCCAUUAGUCAGUACAAAUCUUUUUGUUUCUAAAAGUGAUGAGGUUAAUUUCUUCUAGCUUGCUUAUCCUUUAUUUGUUGGGCAGUAGCUUUUGCCUUAAAAUCUUAUUCUUAUGAAUUUAGAAAUGAUAUAGUUCGGAUGCUACAGUCUAUGAAAUUUCUGAAUGUAGUGAAUGUUAAUUUUUGGCCUUAUUCCUACCAUGGCAACAUGCUUGCAAACAAUAUCAAAGAAUAGUGACAAACUCUAAAAGCAUGUCUCUCAGGGUGUGUGUGUGUGGAGGAGGAGGGUGCAAAUGCUAGUUUUUGUUAUGUAUGUAUGUAUGUAUGUAUGUAUGUAUGUAUGUAUGUAUGUAUGUAUGUAUGAGUGGUCCAGUGAUUUCAUAAUGAUGCGUUAGUGACAAAGUGACAACAAAAACAGUGAGAAUCUCAAGUUUACUAGGUGUUUGUUAUAAUAUAAUCCCUUUUCUCCCUUUGCAAAAGAAAUGCCUCUAUUACCAUAUCACAUGCAUUUGGGAGAGCAACUGAAAUAGCAUAGAAGAUGAAGAUUUUUUUACACUGCUACUUAUAGUUGAGCGGUAUAAUAUUGCCCAAAUGUUUUAAUAUUACCAUUACAGUACUUAAGCAAUGAGGUUGCAAAGAGGCCCAUAUUUUUGUGUAGCUUGUUUGGUGCCAAGCUGGUACAGUAUUUAAAUAAAAAAAAAGCAGUGCUACUCACUGUGCACAACAAGGAACUGAUGGAGGCAGCCAACUGCUUUGUAAUAAAUUAUGGUUUGACAUGCUUUCAUUGUGAAGGCAGUGUUAUGCAUGGGUUUAUUGUGUGGGCCAUUAAGCUGGUAGAUUGUGGCGAUAUGCUAGAAAUAGAUAUAAUAAAGCCAGUAUCUUAGGUCAGGACAAUUGUCAAAGGAUACACUAAGAAUGUAAUAGUAGGUCUUAUUAAGUUUUUGCUCAACCUCGAGGCUUUCUAGUGCAUUUUCUGAUUUGAAAAAAGAUGGGACAUAUGCUCGUCGUUGAUGUGGUUUGUACGGAUGAGUAAUGAGUUAGUGUUAGUUUCAUCAGUUGCAUAAUGUAUAUGAUCCUGUCUGUUCAAAAGGUUCACAAAAAAGUGAAACUUGACAAAUGCAGCAUUGGUGAGCUCAGUUCCUCUUCAGCGAGGCUAGUUACUUUCUAGAAGGAUACAAUAACGCAGUAAUUAAUGUCUUAUGUAAAUAUGCUUUAUUCUGCAUUGAUGUUUGAUAUAAUGUCAGUAUUCAUGAAUGCAGCAGUUGUACGACUUUGAGAAAAGGGUUGAUAAUGCAACCCAGUCUUCACUUUAAAUUUAAUGAUGAGGAAAUUAUUUCCAAGGGUCACAUCGUACAGGACGAGGACGGCUGCAUUGGGGUUAUGGUAAUUGUAGUCGCUUCUUAGAACAAUGAUGAAAGAGAAAGUCAUGUAUAGAACACAGGCUCGUUUUGAUAUUAUUUUCUUUUGUAAUGGUGGUAAGCAAGUUGGUAAAAAUGGUAUUAUGUCUUCUGCGAGAUGAUUCAUUGCUUGGGUGCGUAUUCACGGAACAUAAAUGAAGUGUUCUAUCCUUUUUGUUUAUGUUGAUGUUGCAUGCUGUGUUUUAAAAAAAAAUUCGAUUUACUGUAGGUCGUUAUGAUCAGUUUUGCAAACAUGUGUUCUUAUUUAUGAUUGUAAAUAAAGUGAAAUAUUUGUACUUUA